UAACAAGUAGGUCUGCAACAAAUAGGUCUGCAACCUUAUUAGAACUCGUCCUUCAUUGCGACAGCCUUCUCGGUAUAAGCUUCAAGAUGGCACCAUCUGCAACAAUGCUGACAGAAAGCCAACCGCAUACAAUUCGUAUCAAGCCUGCCCUUGAGCAUGGUUCAGACGUACAGAAAAAGCAGAAGACUCCGCUUGAACUCAUAUCGCAAGGUGUCUCACUUCCUGGCAUUCCGCGUCAUCCUUCGUUUGCCGCCCACCGUCAGUGGAUGCUUGACCACAUGAGUCUAGCAUUCCGCAUGUUCGCUAGGAAAGGCUACACAGAGGGCAUGUCCGGGCACAUCAGUGUUCGAGAUCCGGAGAAUCAACAUACGUUCUGGACCAACCCAUUGGGAAAGCAUUUCGCUCUGCUCAAAGCAAGCGACAUGAUUCUCGUAGACUACGAUGGCAAUGCCAUUGGUGGAAAUAUGUCGAGGCCAGCCAACGCCGCUGGCUUCCUUAUACACAGCGCGGUGCACAGAGCUCGACCAGACGUUAUCGCUGCAUGUCAUACUCAUAGCCCUGCUGGUAAGGCGUGGUCCGCCUUUUCCAGACCGUUAGAGAUGCUUAACCAGGACGUGACAUAUUUCUACGGCGAAGCGCAAGCCGUGUACAAGGACUUCGGCGGCGUAGUCUUCGAGCCGGAGGAGGGCGAACGAUUAGCUGCUGCACUUGGUCCGAAAGGCAAAGGUAUGAUACUCCGGAACCACGGUCUACUGACUGUGGGUUCAACGGUCGACGAGGCAGCUUAUCUGUACACCUUGAUGGAGAGGAGUUGCGAAGUCCAGUUGCUGGUGGAAGCUGCUGCUGCAAAUGGAGUGCCGAAAGUAUACGUUCCUGAGGAGUCUGCGAAAUACACUUUCGAGCAUUCGAGCGACCCAGAGACAUUGUACUGGGAAUGUCAGCCAGAUUUGGAGUACGAGGAGAUGAUGAGCGGUGGAGCGCAUAAAGCAUGAGCUAUUUUGCAAGCCUGGACUUUUCUGCUACCGUAUUGACACUCUACUCUGGUUCGAGAUGCAUCUUUUUCAGCAGCCACGUUCUCCACAAGAGCUUCUGAAAUCCCAUCAUUGGCUAAAGGCUUCGAGUCGUCCUGAUAAUCUCACCUUCCAGCUGUGCGACCCAAGGAACAGCCUAACUUUCCGAUGUAAUGGCGAAGUCCUCGUUGGCGAUAAUGGGAACACACAACCAGCUGACUAGGAUACCAGCGACACCUGACACGGCGGGAUGCGGAUACGGUGAAGGUGACAGCAUAGGGAAGGUAAAAGGUGUGAUUGGUGACUGAAGACUAAGAAAGGUUGACUGUUAACUUCCCACCUUGGUUACGCGACGUGGUGCCUUUGUACGUGAAUACUGCGAGGGUUGAUAGUGCCAAUCGCACUGCACUGAAAAUCGGCCGCCGCGAAAUGGCUAAGUUACG